CAUAAACUGUCAAGUAUUAUCAUGUGUCAAAAAGGCUGAAAUGUUUUGCAACAAAUAAACAUUCUUCACUGUGUUUGAUUUUUCUUUACUUUGAUGAAAGUUGAAAAGAGUGUAUUAUUUAUUUUUGGCUAAAUGAUAGAGAGCUAUGGCGCCUGGUAAAAAGAAUUCUGCGCGUGGCAAACGAUCAAACCAGCACGUGCCUAGAGACUAUGCAGAAAGGAUGCAAGAUUUAAGUGUCCAAUCAUCAGAAGAAAGCGACUCAUCAAACAGUUCCGACGAUGAAGGUUCUGAAGCCGAAUUUGCUGUGAGCAUGUGGGAUUUAAAUCACUGUGAUCCGAAAAAAUGUUCCGGUCGAAAACUACUGCGACAUAACCUAAUAAAAAACUUAAAAUUGGGUCAGCGGUUUCAAGGAUUGGUGCUCUCUCCUGUUGGUACACAAUGCGUCAGUCCAAACGACAAGGAUAUUAUUGAGAAGUUUGGUUUGGCUGUGAUAGAUUGUUCCUGGGCGAAAAUCGACGAGACUCCGUUCAGUCGUAUGAAGUCGCCACAUCCGCGAUUACUGCCGUUCUUAGUUGCGGCCAAUCCAAUUAAUUACGGGAAGCCGUAUCAAUUGAGCUGUGUGGAAGCAUUAGCUGCUGCCAUGUUUAUUACGGGUCAUAAAAGGGAAGCAAAGUUCUAUUUAUCCAAAUUCUCAUGGGGACAUUCAUUUUUAGAGUUAAAUUCGGAAGCCCUAGAAGCGUAUGCUUUAUGUACUGACAGUAAAAGUGUGCUAGAAGCACAGACUAAAUAUUUACAAGAUGUUGAAAAUGAAAAGGACACGAGAUCAAUGUGGCCAUCAAGCAGUUCAGAUUCAGGAACAGAUAAUGAGACUAACAAGUUAUGAUUUAACUAUAUUAGGAUAUACUUAUUUAAGCUUUAUUUUAAGUGUACUCAAGCCUGAAUGGGCUGUGCCUCAACGGAUUUUCGAAAAUUUGUCAAAUAAAAUCACUGACAAGUGACGGAAACAUUAUGACACUGUAAAGCAUAAUUGAAAAAUAAUUUGUAAUAUAACGGCUGUUAACUAAACUCUACUUGUUAAUCUUGUUACUAAAUAAUUUAUAGUAUUGUUAGCUAUAGCUUGACUGCAAGUGUGUACCGCACCCUAAGUAUGUGUGGUGAGACAGAGACCAGGUAAGAAAGAGCACGAGUUAGAAGUUAGAAAGGAAUGGUACGGUUGGUACUCUCCUCCGCUUCACCGCGUACCUUAGGUGAGGUACUCCGGUACUUGUGAUCAAGCUAUAACAAGAUCAAUAAAAUUAUGAGAAAGCAAUAUUUCUAUGUAUUAAAUAUAAAAUGUUGACAAA